ACCAAUAUUUACAUUGUUUAUCAAGUUUUCUUUAAUUAUUUUCAUUAAUUUAUUAAUUUUUUUAAGAAAAUUACAAAUGUAUUUUACAACAUAGAGCCUAUAAGGUUAAGAAACAAGUUAAAAUAUAAAAUGAAUGAUUCCUCGUUCUCAAAUUAUGAGAAUUAUUUUUGUACAUCCAGUCACCAGGUGACGGAGAUAAAUCCUCUAACACAAAAUAUAGAAUAUGAUGAAAUGCCAGCCACCAUUCAUUAUAUAAAUAAUGUUUCGUCAGGUGACAUGGUGACAACUUUAACACAAAGUGUUUCUGGUGUGGAACAAAGACAUCCACAAAAUAAUGUAUUUAAUUUUCUACCCAAUUCGCAUGAGGAACAAGAAAAGCUGGAGUCACAAAGUGUUAGUAAAAGAGUAAAUUCUAGUAGUGCUGUUGUAAGCAAUGUCCCAGCUUCUUCAACACACUUUGGUGGCAUACCUUUUGUUCAAAUUCAUACCACAAAUGUUCAGCCGCAGCGAACCAGUUAUGGUAAUGUUUUUCGUAGAAAUAUUAGCAGACAAGAGGAAAUUAAAUCGGAACCUAUUAAAUCUGAAACUUCGGAGGCGUCCAAAGAACGUACCAAUGCCACACCAACACCGCCUCGAACAGCUAAUCAAACACAAAAUGAAAAUAAUAUGGAACCCAUGGAUACCUCUACAAAUGAGAAGCAAUCUAACAGUAUUACUAAUAACAAUAAUAUAGAAGAGAAAUCUUCGGCUCUUUUACAAAUCUACAAAUGUUCCAAGUGUCCGUAUAUAAGCCUAAGAGAGACUGAACGUGAUGAUCAUAUAGCCUCACAACAUAAGGAAGAAAGUGUUACUAAAAGUGAACAACUUAGGCCAAUAAAUUGUCCAGGCUGCAGUAAUAUUUUUUAUCAACAAGAAUCUCUAAAAAUCCACUUAAAAUUAGAUCAUUUAAUGAGAGAAGAAGAUGUUCCAAAAUUGCUUAACACUUUCAUAGAAUCCAAAAAGAAAUCCAAUGAUGAUGAAAGCAAUGCCUCGCUGGAAAUCAUAAAUAAAACAUUAAAUACAGAAACCACCAAAGAACCCAUACGUAAAAGUAGAAUUUAUUUAAAAAAUGUGGAAUGCCUUAGAGAACCCAAUCGCCAGCCUAUGGAACAAACUGAUAAUCAACUAGCGGGACCACCAACUACUAAUCACACACAACAGCCCACAAAGCCCAAACAAAAAAUCUCUAUUAAAAGUGUUGAUGUAUUAAGAGAGCCGGCACUACUUAGACGAGAUUAUGAAAUACAAAAUUCUAAUAUAAAUAAUUAUCUAAAUUUCAAUACAGAUUUAUUAAAUAAUACUUUGGAUUUAUUAGCUGGAAGCCCGUUAAAUUUAGGCAAUAAUACCAACUCUUCAUCCUAUGACUACCCACAAACUAUGGACAAUACCCUCAAUAAAUCCAAUAUUAAUAAUAAUGACUGUUCUUUGGUAAAUACAAAUACUAACACUAAUAAUGUUGCGACAGCUACGGAAAAACCCAGAAGACCUAAAAUUUAUGUAAAAAGUGUUGAAAGUUUUAAUUUAAUGCCUCUUGAUUCAUUACACGCUAACAACAAUGGUGGAUUUCUUAAUGAUCAUAGCACGUCUUGUAAUAAUAAUCAGGUCUAUGAUUCAACUUUGGUACAUAUGCCGCCACCAUAUAUGUUUGAUACAAAUUCCAGUGGCAAUAAUUUAAAUAAUAAUGCUAAUUUUAUAAGCAAUCAUAGUGAUAUGGAUACGUUUCAAUUUAUUAACACCUCUAAUGCCAAUAACAAUAACAACAACAAUAACAAUUAUAUAUUAGAGAACACGUUAUUUUUGGGUAAUAAUGAAGAGCUUAAUGUAAAUGGCGAACAAAUGGAAAAUAUUGCUCUAAUACCGGACGCAGCAGCCACACCUACCCCACCGUCAACGGCAGAUAUUAAUAUGAUAAUGACAAAGCCCGUUUCCACUAUCCAGGAACAAAGAGGAACUCUCCACCUACGUACCGUUGACGAAUUAAACUUAAUGAACAAGACCGAAGUACAGCAUUUGAUAGCGCCCAAUUUGGACAAUAAUCAUACCAGCGAAGUCUUAGAUAAAGUUAACUCUUCCAGUCUAAAUGAUAUUAAUCUCAUUGGAGAUGAUUUAUAUGAAGAUGAUCAUUUUAAAUUUCAUGAUUUAGACACUCAAAUGGUCAAUGAUUGGCCAGAAACUUAUGAAGAUCUAGCCGAAGAUAUUAAUUGCAUAAUAGCCGAUGCUUCAAAUGAAAAUAGUGCAGAAAAUUUGGUUUAUUCUAUGGAGAAUAAUAACCAAAAGUUAAGUAGCAAUAAUUUUGAUAUUGACACUCCCCAGGUAUCAUUGAUAACCAUACGUGAUAUAGAAGAAUUAACGGGAACCGCAAAUCAUAUAGCAAUAGAUCAGCAAACCGAUUUAAUCGUAGAACAGAUACAAGAUAGUCAUAACGAGAUUCCAAAUCAAAUUGAUAUUGUUAGUCAGGAGGAAGAUUUGUUGGUGAUACCUAGAGAGAAUGAAAGUGUUGGUGAUAGCAGUCUUAAAAGGGAAUUAGUUAAUGCUACUCCGGAAACAAAUGAAACUUCUGUAGCUGCAAAUGUUAAGGAAACAAAUGUCAGUAAAGAAAUUAGUAAAAAUAUAACGCCUGUAAACGAAUUACCACCCUUAGUACCCGUGACAAAUAACUCUACGGAAUCGACAGAAUCGAUUAAUUUGCAUAACAGCAAUGUAAAUCCUUUAACCAACAGCAAUAUACCCUUGCCACCAUUGGUACCUGUAUCACCCUUGAAGAAACUAAAUAAUGUCAACAAACAGCCUGAUAAACCAACUUCACCGUUGGAAAAGGGACGCAUAUAUGUAGCUAAUAAUCUAAUGGAGCCACCUAAACGUCCAACAGCUGUCUCGGCCACCAGUGGCACUUCGGUAAGAGGUCGACCCUUUGGUUCUAAUCGCACACGCAUUACUAAGCUAAAACAAACAAUUGGCAGUUCAGCCGAAGAUUUAUUCUCCAAAUGUUCCAUUAAAGGUUGUGCCUUUCGCUUUAAGAAACCCGAAACUGUGGAAUAUCAUCGCAAAUGUCAUGAUAUGUCCUCGGACAGUCCCCAGGCCAUGUUAUGUCCCGAAUGUAAAUCAUCCGAGUUCAAUAAUUGGAAUACUCUUCACACUCAUCUAUGGCGGGCCCAUCAAAUCGAUAUGGAGCUGUACAAAUGUGAACUGUGCGAGUUCAAAACACCUAUUUUCUCACGUCUCGUUAAUACACAUGCUAAAAUUCACUUUGAAGAUCGCAACUAUAAGUGUGAACAUUGUGAAAAAGCCUUUAAAAACUCUAAACAAUUAAAAAAUCAUCGCCGUUGGCAUCGUGUACAAGCGACUGCUGCGAUUACCACAACGACACCACCCAAACCACCACCACCACCAACCGAAAUACAUCGUUGCUCGGAUUGUGGUUCCACAUUUUCGCAACAGAAAACUUUACGAGAACAUUGUUGCAAAAAGGGAGACUCUUCGCUUAAGUGUAACGUAUGCGAAAAGUUAAUGAGUUCCAAGUCAUCGUUAAAAUUGCAUUUGUUAACGCACAGUGAUGGUGAGAAACUUUAUAAAUGUCAAAAUUGUGAUUACGCCACAAAUGAUCAUAAUGCCUUUCGAAGACAUCGCAUGGGUCACGAGAAUCGCAAAAUGUAUGAAUGCAUCUUUUGUCCCUAUAAAUCGGUGCAAAGUGUGGCAUAUCAGAAACACAUCUUACAAAAACAUCCAGAAAAUGCUGACUCGGUCAUAUAUAAAUGUUCGGUUUGUUCAUAUUCCACCAUCAAUCGUUCACUACUCGUAGUGCAUCAGGCUAAACAUGAAAAACCUAAUGAUGAUAGGGUGAAAUCAAAAGUUUCCGAAGAUAUAUCUGCUGUGAAAAAUACAGAAAAAUCUGUAAUUGCUUCUUCAACAGAUCUUCAAAAGAGUAAAAUCAAAGUUAAAAGCAAUUUAUUUACCACAAAUUCUACGGAAGCGGUGGUAAAUGUGAAUCAUAAUGAUUUGAAUUUAGUGCAAUUAUAUAAUGUGGAAAGUGGUACUGUUACUUAAUAAAUGUUAAAGGGUGGGUACGUGUUUUUAUACAUAAA